AUGAAUAGUAUAUCAAGUCCUUCAAAAUGGGCUAAAGAUUGGACUAAAGAUAUUUUACCAUCAAAUACUGUAUUUGAAACGUUUAUCAACUUUGCAAGGGAUUGUCAAAUAUCAGAGAAGGAAUAUGAACUUGUGCUUGAACUUGCUUCUGUGAUGUCCGGUGUAUUUUCGGAUAAAAGCCAGAGGGCAGAUGCUUUUAGGUGUUGGUUUGAGUUAUUUUUUGAUAAUGAAAUAGAAAUUCGACCAGAAAAAUUAAAUGAAGCCCACCAAAGUUCACGAAUUGGUAAACGAAGGACAGAUGGAAGAAUAUAUCCAAAGAUCGGUAGAGAUAGAGUCCUUUUAGUAAACUUAGAAGUUAAACCUGAGCCUGGUACAAAUGGCGAUUGUUACAUUCAGAAUGAUGCUUACUACAAAGAAUUUGUAAUCAAGUCCUGUAACCAGAAAUCAGAGUUUUAUAAUAGGACCUGUUUGACUGCUUUCCUUAUCAAUCUAGAUGGACCAAAUAUAUCGAUAUCCGGUGCUGUUUGUGCCCCUUUCAUUGUUUGCGAUCGCCUUACAGACAUUUAUCCACUGGAUAUAAUUAUUUAUGAUAAUGCUAAAGCAGAUGAUGUUGCACGAAUAUUUCUGGCCUUAAAAAAUUCUAUAUAUCUAUUAAAAGAUUACUAUAAUUCCGUUUAUGAGUCGAGAGAAAUCUCUUGCAAUACUAGCCCUUGGUUUCCACGCAUCAAUAAGAUUGAUUUAGAAGAAGGAACGGCCACCAUUAAAUAUAAGAAGAAGCAUUCUAUAUAUCGAAAUUUAUGGAUUGUAGAAAUCCAGACCGAAAAUACGCAAGAGAAGGGUUUAGUCAAAUUCACUCAAAAAUAUUCCAAAGAAGCACAUAGUACAUGUUUCGAACUAGGUCUAGCACCAAGAUUAUGGGCAGUUAAUAACCUUCAACAAGGCUGGAAGAUUGUCGUUAUGGAAUAUUUGGAGGAACAUAAACCACUACAUACUUUUCAUUCAGAGUUACUUCCCCAAACAGAAAAUGUGGUUAAAAAUGCUAUAAAGUUGUUUCAUGAUUCCGGUUACGUACAUGGAGAUCUUCGUGAUGAAAACAUCAUAGCCAAAUACAAUAAUGGUAAAAUUGAUAUAAAAUUUGUGAAUUUUGAUUGGGCGGGAAGAGAAGGAGAAGCAAAGUAUCCCGAAAUUGAGAUUGGCAAACUUAACGCCAUAAUUGUGGAGCUAGAGAAAAAUAAGACAGUUAUAGCUAAACUCGAGUCUGAAAAUACAGAGUUUAGAGAUAGGAUCACGAAAGUAGAGCAGAGACAGAUGCUAAGUGAUAAUAUUUCUAAGGUAACCAAUUCUUCCAAUAACAGCUCACCUAACUUCAAUUCGCUUGCAGAUCAGUUAGCUAUGAAAAUGGAUACUUCAUUACCUAAAGAACCGAUACCAGAAAGGUUACUAGAGCCAGCUGUUAAUAUACCUGAAAAUAAUGAUGAUGAUAUUGAGUUCACUAAAAGUCAUGUUGUAGAAAUUGCUCAGCGUAAAUCAAAUACAACUCCUAUCUCAUCAUCUCUAUCAUCUCAUAACUCUUUACCGGAAACCGAGAUAAGUACACCUAUAGUAUCUCAUCCUGAAGAGACUUUAUUUGAAAGUAUAUCAGCUAAUAAUAUCUCACCAGAAACUAAGAUCUCAUCCACACCUCAG